AUGCCAGCAACUCGAAAUACAACAAGCAUUGAUAGCUUACGUGCUCGGCUCAAACUUUCAACAGAACAACUAACCAGAGCACAUCUGGACAAUCAACCUGCCAACAUUAUACAACAGAUGCAAACAGAAUCUGAGCAACUAAUUGCAUGGAUAGCUCUUAUUCAACGUUCUGAACAAUACCUUUCACCAGAAAAGGACAACAGCAAUAUCACCACUCAAACUACCAUUACUGUAUUUGAAAAUAUUGAAGGUAUUCUGGAUAACUUUGAACUACAAGUCAAUUCCGUUGGACUUGAUAUCAACCACUAUUGGGAACAUUUGAUGCCAUUAUGCAUGAACACUGAUCAACAAUCAUGGUUUAACGUUACACUUAGAGGACGUACGUUACAAUGGGCAGAAGUACGAACAAUUGUUGAAGAAAAGUAUGCCACUGAAGAUGUAGCUCAGCAAAUACUGUAG